AUGGCAAUCAUGGACGGUGUCAUCCAUGAGAUGACUGAACAACAAUUAGAACCUCAACUCCCUGAAGCGAGGGUCCUUAUCAUUAUGACCGGAGGUACCAUCUGUAUGCGACCGUCACCAUCAGGGUUUAUACCAGCGCGAGGGUUUCAAGAGCAAUGCCUGGCCCCGGUGCCUACUUUCAAUGAUGGCUCUCCUUCGACCAUGAUGGAUGUUGUUGUCGAUAACACAGGCCAGAUCAAGGGCCAUCAGAGUCUACGGACACCCCAGACUGCGUACGGCCGCCGAGUAAGAUAUACGGUGUUUGAAUUUGAGGAGCUACUGGACAGCAGCUCUAUCGAUGCCAAAGGCUGGGCAGAAAUUGCGCGAACCGUCGAGAGAAACUACACCCUAUUUGACGCAUUCGUUAUCCUUCACGGUACAGAUAGUUUGGCGUAUACUAGCUCCGCACUCAGCUUCAUGCUGCAAAACCUGGGAAAAACCGUAAUUCUUACGGGAUCCCAGGCUCCAAUGCUGGAGCUUCAGAAUGAUGCGACAGACAACCUUCUUGGGUCUCUGGUUGUGGCUGGCCACUUCAUGAUCCCAGAAGUGUGUCUGUACUUCAACAACCGACUAUUCCGUGGUAACCGGUCGAGCAAGGUGGCGGCCAGUGACUUCGGUGCAUUCGAUUCGCCGAACUGCACACCGUUGGCUGUAACCACUUCUAUGCGCACUAACGUCAACUGGGAGCUGGUGAAUCGGCCAAGGGGCAUCGAGCAUUUCAGCAUCCAGACAGACCUAGAUACCGCCCAUGUCGCUUGUCUUCGUAUAUUCCCGGGCAUCAAGCCCCAAAUGGUUGACGCAGUGUUGAGACUAGAAGGACUCCGUGGUUUAGUGUUAGAGACCUUUGGAGCUGGCAACGCACCAGACGGUCAAGAUAACGCUUUGAUUAAAGUGCUUGCAGACGCCAUCAAACGAGGGAUUGUGAUUGUUAACGUUACCCAGUGUUUGACUGGCAGCGUUAGCCCGGUAUAUGCCACCGGCAUGAGCUUGUCUCGGGCUGGUGUUGUCGCCGGUCUCGACUUGACUACGGAAGCCGCGCUGACAAAACUGGCAUAUCUCCUUGGUCUGCCCAACGCAACCCCGGAGUCCGUGGCACGGGACAUGUCGAAAUCACUCCGAGGAGAACUGACGGAGGUUUCGCAACCCGUCUUCCGUCAUCCAGACGGCGCUCUCACCGAGCGUGUCCAGACACUGACCAUCCUGGGCUAUGCCAUCGCCCAGGGCGAUCUCGCACGAGUCGAAGAGAUCCUGAAACUCGAAAACCACUACCUUUUGAACGAUGCCGAUUACUCUGGCAAUACUCCGAUCCAUCUGGCCGCGACAUCGCCAUCCCUCUCCAUCCUGCGCUUUCUGCUGAUGCAGGGUGGCUCUGUCCACAUUCGGAAUCGCAACAACCGCACCCCACUGUUCCUGGCGGCCAACGCAGGCUUAUCGGAGCAUGUUAUGUUGCUGCGCAAGUCGGGCGCACAUUUGCACUCGGAUGAACGGACGGCGGCGCAAUUACUCGCGCGACGCAGACCGGGAGUCUGGGGAUUGGCGGGGAUUGGACCGCGGGAGGUCAGUGACCACGAAAUGGAAGAAGUAGGAGAGGAGCGACUGGCCGAGCGAGUGAUGGCCGGAUCGGCACCGUAA